GAGCAGUAACAAGUUUUAAUCUUGCUCCUCAGUACUACCAUGGGCUAAUCUGUGGAAGCAGCUUACUCCACUGUCACCAGGGUGCAGCCACCCCGGGCUCUGCAGAGGGGUGUUUUUCUUUAAAUGAACACAUUCUCAUCUUUUCUUCUUAAGGAAGCUCUGAGAACAUUCACAUUAUAGAAAAGUUGUACAUGGUGGAAAAUUCUGCUUUCAAGAGGACUUACUCUCUUCUUACAAGUUCUAGAUUGGUCCCCUACACAAGACGGCAUGAGGGAGUGUGUGCUCCUAGUGUUCUUGGCUUUGUGCUCUGCCAAACCUUUACUUCGUCCUUCACACAUGAUGCUGCAGGACAUGGAGGACGAAGGUGAUGACACUGAUGCUGACAACUCUCUUUUUCCAACAAGAGAGCCAAUUAACCCCUUCUUCCCAUUUGAUCUGUUUCCAACAUGCCCAUUUGGAUGCCAAUGCUACUCGAGAGUUGUGCACUGCUCGGAUCUAGGUUUGUCCUCCGUCCCAAGCAGCAUUCCAUUUGAUACACGAAUGCUUGACCUUCAAAACAAUAAAAUUAAGGAAAUCAAAGAAAAUGAUUUUAAAGGACUCACUUCACUUUACGCUUUGAUUCUGAACAACAACAAGAUAACAAAGAUUCACCCAAAAGCCUUUCUAACCACAAAGAAGUUGCGAAGGGUCUAUCUGUCCCACAAUCAACUAAGUGAGAUACCACUUAAUCUUCCCAAAUCAUUAGCAGAACUCAGAAUUCAUGAUAAUAAAGUUAAGAAAAUACAAAAGGAGACAUUCAAAGGAAUGAAUGCUUUACAUGUUCUAGAGAUGAGUGCAAACCCUCUUGAUAAUAAUGGGAUUGAACCAGGGGCAUUUGAAGGGGUGACAGUGUUCCACGUCAGAAUUGCAGAAGCAAAACUGACCUCAAUUCCUAAAGAACUACCAUCAACUUUACUGGAGCUUCAUUUAGAUUAUAAUAAAAUUUCAACUGUGGAACUUGAGGAUUUUAAACGAUAUAAAGAUCUGCAAAGGCUGGGCCUAGGAAACAACAGAAUCACAGAUAUCGAAAAUGGAAGUCUUGCUAACAUACCACGCAUAAGGGAAAUACACUUGGAAAACAAUAAACUAAAAAAAAUCCCUUCAGGACUACAGGAGUUGAAAUACCUCCAGAUAAUCUUCCUUCAUUCUAAUUCUAUUACAAAAGUGGGAGUGAAUGACUUCUGCCCAACGGUGCCAAAGAUGAAGAAAUCUUUAUACAGUGCAAUCAGUCUGUUCAACAACCCAGUGAAGUACUGGGAAGUACAACCUGCAACAUUUCGCUGUGUCUUGAGCAGAAUGAGUGUUCAGCUUGGGAACUUCAGAAAGUAAUAGUUAGUAAUUAAUAAUACCCAUUUAAUAUAAAAUUAAAAAAUUGUUACAUUUGGAAUACUUGAACUCUACUAAUAAUGGUGGUAUUAUGCACAUAAGCAAAACGCUGUUCCCACAUGUUAAGUCCAUGACUUACUUUAUGACAAAAAAUUUCAACAGAAUUUUGCAAAACUAUUGAUACAGCAGAAGUAAGAGAAACAAGCAUCUACUGCAGUUUCCUUUUGCUUACAAAUGAUUUUGCAUAAAUCUCAUGCUUGAACAUUCUUUCUCAGUAACAAAAAGAUAUCCAGUAUUUAACACUUUGUUAUCAAGUGCAUUUUAUAAAGAACUGUACUGUAAAUGGAAUGCUUGACUUAGCAAAAUCUGUGCUCUUUCAUUUGCUGUUAGAAAAACAAAAUUGACAAAGACAGUUACAUGAAGAGUACAUUAUACUAUUCUUAUUCUUUAAUAACUCGGGUAGUACUGUGAUAUUUCUAAUAACGUUGAAAUAUGUUUGAUAUAAUCUUAUUCAAAUUCUCAUGUCUUAGAUCCUUACUCUCUUUAUGUUUAAAACUAACUCCUUAUAAUAGAGCCUUCAGCAAGUGUUUAUUACCAACUCGACAGAUGCUAUUCAUAACAGCUGGUUUUUGAGCUACAGUACAUGCUUUUCUUUUUCAAUUAUUAUUACCUGAUUAUAAAACCUCUAUAAAAAUGUGUAGUGAGUGUUUAUAUAAAAUCUAUAACUCACAUUUUUUAUGAUCACAGUUAGUAUAAGCUUUUAACAGUAUGUCAAUUGUUAGGUUACGUAACAUUGUCACCUCAACGCUAAGGAAUAUUUUUGAGAUGUCUCUUUGUAAGACCUUGGUUGCAAAAGCCUGGAGAGUAUUAAUUCUACACCAAAUUGUCUCCUCAAAUAUGCACAGGCUGGAUAACUCCGAAAAAUACACCUGGUAUAACUGAAUAUGCAGAGCAUUAAAUAAAACACACAGAAACUAAAAGUUCUGUUAGUUAUUUUUUAUUGACAUUCAACAUAAGUAAGAC